AUGGACGAAACAAUUACUGCACAUACAACACAAUAUCAACAUAAGAAAAUUGAUGUUCUAAUAGUUGGAGCUGGUUUAUCGGGCUUAACAUCAGCCCUUAAAAUAAUACAAAAAGAACCAAGCCUUCGAGUGAGGAUAUUGGAAUCAUCGAACAGAGUGGGUGGUCAACUAACUAAAGUCAGUUUAGGAGAAAUUGGAGCCAAAUGGAUAACUGAAGAUCAAUGUCAUAUUUAUCGUUUACUUAAUAGUUUGAAAGUUCCAAUGCAAAAACGAAACAUUCUCUCUUCUCAGUUGAAAACGUACAGGGAACUGGAUGAAGGAUUCUUUUCUGCAUUAGCUAACUACGAACUAAUGCGUUACAUAAACGAACUUGAACUUAAAAUGGAUUUAUUCAAACCAGGUUUCACUAAAACUAAAGGAAAUUCAAUGUAUCAUCAUAUUCAUAAACGGCUGUUUUUCAAUUCUUCUCGAAAAUAUAUGCUCAAUUUAGUAUUAUUAAUUUGUGGAGCUGAUGCCAAUGAUGUAGGUUUCAGAGAUUUUAUGUCAAUAUGUUAUACCUCUGGAGGCAUUAAGAGAUUAAUUGACUUGUAAGUUAAUACACAAUUGAUUAUUGAAGCUCCAAACUAUUCCUUAUUAGAGUUUUCUAGCAAGGAUCUGUUGUAUAAACUCUUACACCAACUGCAGAAUAUUGAAAUUCUUUGUGGUCGCAAAGUAAAUGCGAUUAAUCAGUAUCGAGAUUAUGUUGAAGUGAAGGAUUCCUUAAAUGAAUAUCACAUAGCUGAAACAAUUAUACUAGCCGUACCAUGGAAUUGCUCUCAGGAUAUUUACUUUUGGCCUCCCCUACCCAUUGAAUUGCAAACUCCUCCUUUGCCUGCGGAUAAAGAUAAAUAUAUUAUCACAAGUUUUCUGGCCAGUUACACGGAAGGUUAUUGGCGCCUAAAGGGCUUUUCUGGCCGUUACAUUAAACAUGUACCAUUUCUGGUGGCACAUGAAUAUCGUCCUACUGUUUAUUCUGGUUUUAUGAUACAUGAGGAAGGAAUCGAACCACUAGUGAGAUCAAUUGUACUUCACGAAUUUGCCAAGAUAUUCGGAGAAGAAAUGCUAUUGCCUCGAGAAUUUCAACAACACAGCUAUGAACUAAAUAAUCUGGCUCAUUUGCCAUUGACAACACCCUGGAAUCGAAUAAUUUGGUCAUCGUCUGCCGCUGCUGGUACUUGCUAUCGUGGUUAUUUAGGCGGAGCAGUACAAACUGGUCUUAGAGCGGCUAUGAAUGCAUUGCUUAUGUGCCGACCUCAAAUUGUUUAUUGGCAAGAUAUUGUCGAAGUACAAUGCCACAACUACUUGCGACAUCCAGAAACCACGUGGACUUCAAUAUUUGUUAGCACUUGCAAUUUAUAUAAUGUUUCCCUUUAUACAGUUUUCGUAUGUGGCCUAGUUUUAAUUUUAACUAAAGCCUACAAGAAACACUAGCCUAGCGCUUUAAUUUCCUAUAAAAAUCAUCAAUUGAAAGCUUUGUGAUAAUUGAAAAAGAGCGAGGUGAGACGAGAAAUUGUGGUUAUUAUCAUCUUAAGUAAUUGUAAAGUUCGCUCGUGUGUGCGUCUUUAAUUCAUGGUAUCAUCAUUCGCAAUUAUCACAAGUGAAUUUAAGUAUAUAAUCGACGAACUACUACUACUUAUAUUGUCAAAGGCAGCAACAACAGUUUUGUUUUAUACAAUUUUAUAUGUCGAGAUGGGCUUUGAGUGAUGAAGUGCCAGUAAGCCUAUGAUCAUAUUUGUGUACUU